AAAACUCAGAAAGCGAAGGGAAAUUAUCGAAAAAAGAGAUGAAAUGAUCAAGGUCGGGUCUUUGCAAUAUGACUUAGCUACUAUUCGGACCGCAACUAAUAACUUCUCUGAUGAAAACAAACUUGGACAAGGAGGAUUCGGAGUGGUUUACAAGGGCAAGCUUCCAAAAGGACAAGAAGUAGCAGUGAAAAGGUUAUCUAGUGCUUCUGGACAAGGAGACUUAGAAUUCAAAAAUGAGGUCCUUUUAGUAGCCAAACUUGAGCAUCGGAAUUUGGUCAGACUCCUUGGUUUCUGCUUGGAAGGAGAUGAAAGGCUUCUCAUCUACGAGUUCGUCCCAAACAGAAGCCUUGAUCAUUUUAUUUUUGAUCCAAUCAAGCAUGCACAAUUGGAUUGGGAAAUCCGUUACAAAAUCAUCGAAGGCGUAGCUCGUGGCCUCCUUUACCUACAUGAGGAUUCUCGUCUUCGAAUAAUUCACCGUGAUCUCAAAGCAAGCAACGUUUUAUUAGAUGAAGAUAUGAAUCCUAAGAUUGCAGAUUUUGGGAUGGCAAGAUUAGUUGUAAGAGAUGAAACACAUGGCAAUACCAGUACAAUUGUGGGAACUUACGGGUACAUGGCUCCAGAGUAUGCGAUGCAUGGGCAAUUCUCAAUGAAGUCAGAUACCUUUAGUUUUGGUGUGUUACUUCUGGAAAUCAUCAGUGGACAAAAAAAUAGUUGUUUCCGAAUUGAGGAGAGCAUAGAGGACCUACUAAGUUAUGCAUGGAAGAACUGGAAGGAAGGGACAACAUUAAAUCUCCUAGAUCCAACUUUAAGAAAUGGUCCAACAGCUGAAAUGAAGAGAUGCAUACACAUUGGGUUGCUAUGUGUUCAAGAAAAUGUUGCUCACAGACCAACCAUGGCUUCAGUUGUUCUCAUGCUUAGUAACAAUUCAUUUAGUCUCCCAGUGCCCUCUCAACCAGCAUUUUUUGUACACAACACCAAUGCAUCAGACAUGCCGUCCUCAUUUGGUUCAUGGAUAUCAAACACGAGGAGCUCAGAGGAACAAUCUGCCCCCUUGUCAUAUAAUAAUGUUUCAAUCACAGAGCUAUAUCCUCGAUAGUUUUUGAGAUUCAAAGCUACAAUAAGAUUUGUAUUGUCAACCUGGUUCAAAAUAGUGUUAGAAUUCGGUGAUUAGAUGCACUAGUAUCUAAUACUAGUUCUUGUAAGCAAAACUACUUCCAAGCACAAAAAUACAUGUAUGAUUUGAUUCGGGUACUGGUUUCCUUCUUGUAUAAUUUGAUACGAUGUAUAGUUUGGUAUUGGUUUCUUGUAAGCGAAAUUACUUCCAUUUACUGAUUCAGUGUAACAUUUUAUAUGGUCUUGGCUUAUUCCAUCUCAAUCAAAUUGACUUGUGUAA